AUGAUGGUAUAUCGUCAACACGCUUACCCAGUCACUCGUUCAUACAGUUCUCGCGUCAGGAGCAGCAGUCAUGUUUCACUCCAGCUCCGCGCUGCCCUUCGCUUGCUUACCACGGCACUGCUAGCCGCCAGCAUCGCCAAUGCGAUAGCACUUCCCGCCCCAGAUGCGUCAACAAACGAACUCCCAUCUCCAUCGGACAUUGAAGCAGCUCUGGCAGUAGCUGCUGAGCCCCAGGAGAACUACUUUGACGAGAUGGAAGACGGUCUCCGAUCGCGUACCGGAUUGCAAUUAGUCAAGGACUUCUUCGCUCGUCUCUUCGGCUUCGACCCUGAUAGUAGUGAUGCCGCAACUACCGUUACCGUUACCGUCUCUGUUACCCCCUCUUCUUCCAUCGUCACCCCGCCUGGUCCUCCAUCAAGCAGCAGCAGCACAGCAGACGUCAGCACCCCAGUAACUUCUUCGAACCCAGAGACAACCCCCAGCCCAACCAACGAUAUCUACUCCAUCCUCCCCGUCGGCUCAAUGACAACCGCAAUUAACAUCUCUCUCCCCGAGCCCAUCUUCUCCACCGCCUCCUCCCCCGUCCCCAUACUACCCCCCUAUCCCGCAAACACCUCUCUCUCCCUCACCGGCCCCUCCGCCACCGCCGCAACCAUAACCGGCUACUUCAGCACCAACGCGCUCGAAACCGCCAUCCCAAUCGCAGUAAAUGCCACCACAAACACCACCGUAACCCUAACCUCCGAAUACACCUCCAUCAUCCUCGUCACCGGAACAGGAAGCGGAACUGGCCUCCCCCUCCUCCCCACAGACGCCGCAGCCCCUCUAUGGACAAACUCCACUUCCGCACCUACACCGCUCAGCACCGACGCCGCACCUUUGGGCACCGGUAUCCCAAUCUACCCCAACACUACCCUCGUGAUGCCUAUUGUGGUAAACGCAACAGGUAGCCCAGGUACCGUAUUAAACGUCACGCUCCCGCUUACCCUUCCUACCUCGACGUCUACUUCGUUCGCUAGUGCUUCUGGGACGGCGGCGGAUACAGAUGCUGAUGAUUAUGGGUACGGCGGAUAUGGUUCCAUGACUAUGAUUCCGCCGUAUGCAAAUGGUACUGUUGCUGCGCCUACGGGCACGGGGGUGGUGGGAACGGCGGUUAGUACGAGUACGAGUACGACGACGACGACGACGACGAUUGUGGAGGUGCCGACGGAUGUUGCGGUGCCUGUGCUGCCGGUGCCGGUGGAGGGGUUGAAUGGGAGUUUGGUGGGGUUGGGGGAGGAGUAUGAAGAUCUCACCCCCCUCCUACGCAUCUGCGCAAACCCCCGCAUCCUCUCCCUCUUCUACUCCCUAAACGACCCUUCCUAUCCCGUCCUCGCUCCCUUCCCCGGCUGUAUCCCCUCCCCCCUAUCCUCCUCCACAGCCCUCCCCAACUGCACACUCCUCGGCUCCACCCUCCAAACCUGCCGCUCCCAAUCCCCCACCCUCCGCAUCCUCCUCAGCAUAAAAGCCUCGCCCCUCUCCUCCGUCGCGGGAAACGCCCUCUUCGGCGACCCAGACGCUGGCUCCGAACCUUUUGGUCAUGUUUUCGGCACCGCCUCCUCAUCUUCUUCUUCUCCCACAGCGAACGACGACGACGAUGACGGAUUCCCGAAUCUGUUCGAUACUAAGCAUACCCCGGAUACACUCGCGGAAACGCUUGUUUCGCUCUUCGGACCCAUUGUCGAUACGGCGUCUUCUUUGUCGGCGUACCCCCGUCCCUUAGGUUCAGAUGUCGUACUUGGCUUCGAUGUACAGGUUCCGGUGCAGUGGAAGGGGACGUAUCAGGAUGGGCGGUUUCAUGACCUUGUGGAUGAGUUGAAGGAGAGGAUUGGUGGGAGUAGUGCUGUGUUUUGGGGGUGGGUGGGGGAGAUGGUUGGUCGGAGGGGGGUGGAGAUGGGGGGUAGGGAGGGGUGGGUUGAGUGGGAUGGGAUAGGGAUGUGA